CAGUGACCACGGCAAGCCUUUGCGAGAUGCCUCUUCAUUCUAUUGGCUAAAGCAAAACAUCCACGUAUACAGGAGGACCGAUCCGUCGACUUUUCAAGAGGAAGACGUUUGAAGUACCCAAAGACAUCGCCAUUCCAAUUUCCAGCGCCAUAAUAAUAAUAAUAAUUCUGGACAUUGUGGUGAAAUCAGGCGAUCAUCUAAAUAACGGAAUCGAAGAAACCAACACUUUUUCCGUACAUUGUGUAAAUUGUUAUUGAAUUUUUUGUUUUGGGCUCAACUCUUUUUAUGUACUUUUAAAUAUACAAUCCUGCUUGGAUUUUACUGAAAAAAACUUUGAUCAAAGACACACAAAAAAGAAAAUUUGAGUUUCCAAGAACAUUACAUAAGUUGAAAGUCACCAUAUUUUGGCGGUCAUUUUCUUAUUAUUAAUUUUACCCCUAAUACCAAACUAUCUCACCUCCUUGAAUCGCAGAUAUCUCGACUUCUGUUAAAGAUACAUGGGUAUUUUUUCCUUUUAAACCAAGGAUAUUGAAACAGAAUUUAAGAUUAUGCCGAUAGCUCCAUAUACUCCCAAAACGGACGAGCGCCUGAUGUCACCUUGUUGUGAAGCAUUGGCAUUACACUUGUAUUGAUAUUUGAAGCAUCGACGUGUUAAUAUAUUAUGUGUGUGUAUACCUGGACAAAGGACCCAGAUGUCAUCAAAGCUAUUUUUUGAGCAAAGGUGUGAGAAUACUUUUUUUUUUUUAAGAAAAGAAAAGAAAAAGCCCCAGCGGGUCAAAAAAUUUAGUUCCAUUAAAAUGCACACGUUAAACCAUUUCUUAAAACAUGUUGAAAGGAUUUUAUAAUAUUAAUUGGAGUCUAAAUAAUUUUAAUUAAUUAUUUUUGAAACGUGUUGUACUUCACCAAAAGUUCAAGCUGUGUUACAAGGUUUUUCUCCAAGCUUUGUUUCUACUCCCUGAGUUACAAAUUGUGACAUAUCUAUAAAACUAAUUAAGAUAUUUGAAAGAAAUAAAAUUAAAAAAA